GAUGUGAAAUAUAUUCAGACAGAUGGGUACCGGGCUCCUGAGGCUGAGCUGCAGAACUAUCUGUCUCAGGCUGGACUACAAGGUGGAACCCAGUGCACGUCUGCUGUGGAUCUCUGGAGCCUGGGAAUCGUGUUGCUAGAGAUGUUCUCCGGAAUGAAACUGAAACACAUUGUCCAGUCUUGGGAGUGGAAGGCAAAUAAUGCUGCCGUUAUUGAUCACAUUUUUGUCAGCAAAAGUGUGGAAAAUUCAGCCAUCCCAGCUUAUCAUCUCCGAGACCUCCUCAAAAGCAUGCUUCAUGAGGAGCAAGAGAAAAGAGCUACUGCUGCGGAGUCCUUGUGCAGCCCUUUCUUCAGCAUUCCUUUCGCUCCUCACAUUGAAGAUCUGGUGAUGCUUCCAACUCCUGUGUUAAGGUUGCUCAAUAUUUUGGAUGAUGCUGCUCUUCAAAAUGACAAAGAAUUUGAAGAUAUAGUGGAUGAUAUCAGAGAAGAAUGUAGUAAAUACGGGCAGAUAGUUUCCUUGUUUGCUCCAAAGGAAAAUCCAGGCAAAGGCCAAGUCUUCGUUGAGUAUGCAAACGCCGGCGAUUCCAAAGCAGCCCAACGAGCCCUGACCGGGAAGAGGUUUGACGGCAAGUUUGUUGUGGCUACCUUCUAUCCACUGAGUGCCUAUAAGAGGGGAUACGUUUACCAGACUGUGCUUUAGUCCACAGCGAGAGUCAGGAGAGAGGCACAUUCCCCCCCCCCCACACACACACACACCUGCCUGGCUUUGCCUGAAUGGUCGUCUCUUCCCACCCACCCACUCCUCCAAGAGAUGGAACAUGCGUGUCCGCUCUUUCAUUUUGUGAUUUGCGGAAGCAGCCCAGAUCGGUCUUGUUUUUGUUUCGAUGAAUGCCAGAUCCACCUGCCGCCUUUUCUUCAGUUAACUCUGCAGUAACUGGAAUCCUAACUGCGAAAUGGAAGCGUGAGUGGAAAAACAACCAAACAUUUAGGCCUCCCCGUGGUGGGGAUGGUUAAGACGCCUCAGACACAAGAAGCACCGGAAGGCAAUGUAGAGGGCUGCUGUUGUCUUAAAGAUGCCGUGAUGCCUCACUGGGGCUCCUUUUCUGUGAGCCCCUGGCAGAGAAAGAGUGGAAAUUUGCUUCUCUGGGUAUGGAGGAAGGAGGCUAGAAACCCAGGCUGAGCCUUCCGUGCUUGCCCUGAGCCUGCAGGACGCCCCUACUGAGCGUCAUCGUGACAGAAGCAGCAGGGACUCCUCUCGCCUUAGGAGAGUGUCUUGUUCCAAGCGCAGAACUCCGGUCCAGAAAGCAGGGCAUGUGGGGUGAAGACGCAGGUGCACUCUGCCAGGCAAAGGCUGAGGAUUAAAGGGUUGGAUCCAGGCGGAGGAUGUCCACAGAUGGGAAAGGGGCUGGUUUUUGCGGUUUCCCCCCCUUUCUGCGUCAGUUUUCCAGCCCUCGCCUCAUACUGUUCUGGAGGGUCCUCCGGGAGUAGCGCCCUGAGAGGCAUUUGGGGACCGCAGCAGAAGAGGGGGGGGCGAGGGAUUCGUGCUCUGCGUGUGGAGGAGAUCCCUUCUGCCCGUGGGGGUUUCUGGGGGAUCCCAGGUGUCACUUCCGGCCAUUUCUGGAAAUGGGCAGGGCCCCCCCCCCCCGGGAGCCGGUCCUUUUCCAGAGUCACGUUUGGCCUCACGGUAGAAAGCGGCGGCAUCUGCAGAACACUCCUCUGGACGGAGGCCUUGUUGCCGAGGUGAUCCUGGUCUGCAUGGGACCUUCCCAGUACUGCCUCUGUGAGCCAGGCAGACACAGGCGGCUUCGAGGGUUUCAUUCUGCUCUAGUCUGGGCCUGCACAGGUUGUCUGCGUUGUAGAUACUUUCCAGACUGUGGAGGUGCCCUUGCCACCCAGCAAACGGAAACGCCACUGAUGGUCUUCAUAGCUCUUGGAGGAAGGGAUGCUCUUGAGGUGACUGGACACAGGCGCAGGUGGAGGAAUUUAUGCCCAGUGCACACAAGCAGACGCUGUGGAGACAAACAUAUGACUUGUCUCGUGCCGAUAACACAACACAGAGGAACAAGAGCGGGGGGGCUUUGAAGGGGUGCUACAGGAGUGAGAAGAGGCCGAGCAGAAGCGCUCAGUGGCCGCUGCUGGGGACCGGCCCUGGCCUUGUGGGCAGCUGCGAGGGAGCCAGGGGGAGGCAGCAGGCCGCCUUGGGAGCAGCAGGCCGCUGUUGAGCAGGGCCAUCCAUCCAUUGAGCCAGGGCGGGACCAGCCUGCUCAGCAAAUGGGCCAUCGGGUGAUACAUUUGGUGAAAGCGCUGCCCUUUUGCCCUGGCCCUGGUAUUGGCCUGAGCUGUGUGGAUAUCAUCUUUAGGGGGGCUGCUGGCUGCAGAGGAUGGAUCUUUUAGUUCCAAGUCCUGGUCAGUCACCUCUUUGGCAUAUAAUUUCAAAAACAGCACAUUUUAGAGCUUAUCGGUAACCCCCUUGAAAGCCCUAAAAACUUUUGAAAUUAAGUUUGAGACUCAGGCCACUGAACUGCACACCAAAUCCCAAAUUCCACAUUUGCUCAGCAAAGCCAUGCAUGUCCACAGCGCACAUGGUCCUGCUGUGUUAGGCUCCUGUGGCCAGAGAUGGCAACCCUCUUGCGAAAGCCAGUGGCUGCUAACCAUCCCUCUCGAAAUCUCCCCGCAUCAUACUCUGCAAUGCACUCCUGGCAUGUCGGUUUGGCUCUUCCCCGUAUCUUCGGCUGUCUUCCGACAGUCCUACAGCCAGUCUUCUGCUGAAUCGUCUGACCUUGCUCUCUUGCUUAUUGCGAUAACACACCAUAGAGCAGAUCCUUACCUAGUUGGGGGGGGGAUGGACCAGAUUUUUGGAGCACAUUUUCAAGCCGAAGUUUAAAAAAAAAAAACCUGUAUCAAAACUUGAAGCUUUUCAUAGCGUAUGCAAGGACAGAGGUUCUGUCUGAAGACCAAGCGUAUAGCUUUGCACUUUCAACUUUGUUGAGCCAUGGAUCUGAUCGAGAGCCUCAACUGUCCUGGUGGCGAAUCUCCAUCCGUCUGCCCCGAUAGCGUAAGAUUAGCACUGCCCACCUUUACUGUAUUUUGAGUGUUUACAUGUUUUCUUUGAAAUGUAAUUAAAUUGUCUUCUGUCAGGAUUUAUUUAAGGGGACCUGCUGCGCUCUGUGCACUCCAGCUCCACUGGAGAAAAGGGGACUGAUAAAGGAAAUUUUUUUAAAACAAUGCACAUCAGUCCUGACAUCUGAAAUAUUUUAUUGCCUGUUCCAACUAAUUAUGUUCAAG